UGUUUCAAUUGUCAGCCAGUGACGCGCGCAUUGCAUUUUCGUACGCAGCAGUUAUAAAUACAGCGCGGAGCGCGGACGAGUUCGAGUUUGAGCCGUAUGACUUCGCAUAUUUUUACCAUCCAGUGUUUCGGUUUACUUAAUUAACAACACACGUGCCCAGCAAUCCGUUGGCAUUAAUAAAAUGAAGUUCGCGUUGUUUAUACACUUGGCGCUGUGUGUGCUGAACUUCUGCGUUAACGGCAAAUGGACUGCACGGGAAGCUGCAAAUGAGAUUCCUACUCGUAGGCCAUAUGAAUAUGGUUCUGAUCCACCCCCACAUACUGAGCUUAUUGCUAUGGCCAGAUAUACGCUUCAUAAUGCAGAUUGGGCCUCUAUCGCAACUGUAUCUGUGUUGCCUGCCAUUGAAGGAUUCCCAUUCUCGAAUGUGAAAUCCAUUGCUGAUGGAUACAUUAAAAAUUCAACAGGCAUUCCAUAUUUCUACAUGUCACCGUUAGAUUUUACGGCUAAGGAUUUAUCGAAAAACAACCGUGCUACAGUACUUGUGAGCUUAGAGGAGACAAGAUACUGUGAGAGCCAGCAGUGGGACCCUGAAGAUCCUCGCUGCACCAGACUGAUGCUCUCGGGUAUCAUGAAGAAGGUCAAGGAGGGCACCCCCGAGUACACUUUCGCGAAAGGCGCGUUGUUUGAGCGGCAUCCGGCUAUGGCUAACUUCCCCUCUGAUCACGAUUGGUUCGUUGCGAAGCUGAAGAUUGCACAAAUAGCAAUGGUAGACUACUUUGGAGGUGCCAAGUAUAUUCCUGUUAAGGACUACCUCGCGUACAACUACACACAAAUCUCUAAUACACCAAGAAGUCAAAUCCUCUAUCUCCAAAGUUAGAAUUUAAUAAAAUUAAUCUACAGAUACGUAGUAUUCUAAAUAUUUUAAUGUAACAAAAUGUGAUAUUAUGGAAAUGAACCUAUAAGGUUAUUUUUAUAAGGAAUUUGAAAUAAAAAAAGUAUUUUUACCAA